AUGAGCGUCGGAUUGCCCAGUUUUGCUGAGAGGGCUGCUGCUGCAUUCAGCGCUUUAGCGCCAGGUGAACAGCCAGAAUCGAGGUUGUGGACCGUCUCGACGAGGACAAAGGGGCCGGAUAUAGUGUCCGAUGCAGCAGCUGGGAACAGCAGCGAAGAUGAACAAGAGGAGGGCAGGCCAACAGCUGCCCCUCCCCUGAUGUCCUGGAAGGAUAUAACCGGCGCUGAAUCCCAGGAGGAGCCCAGCUACGCGUCCCGAAAGGCAUUCGAGUUGGAGGAUGAGGCGGACGAAUUUGACAUUCUAGCAGCGGAAACGUUGACAAGAGAUGGUGGACAACCGGAACCCAAACCUCACAGAAGCAUGGAGGUCUUACCAGACAAUGUCAUGGAUCGCAUCUGCGAUGCACAGACGGCGGGCCAAGAAUGGGUACGAGGGGCUGCUGAGGCCGCACACCAUUCAGAUUCCACCACAGUGCACGGGGGCUGCCGAGCAUCGAUUCGGGACCAGCAGGAGGGCCGAACUGCUCGUGGGAGCUUCAAUGCGGCCAAGGAGCUGCCACCCCGCAGAAAGAAGCACCCGCGCUCCAAGGUUCCCGACCAUGUCCAGCAUCCCGAGAAGUACACCUGUUACACACUGGAAGAGCCUCUCCUUGUGGGUUGUCCAACGGAGGAGACUAUCGCAGAACAUGAGCAACGUGGUGUGCAGGCUUUUAUGGAACCAGGGGUGGACUCACACUCUAACCGUUUCAUUCCGGAGUUUGGUACUGGAAUCGCAUUCAGGCCAAGAGGGAGAAAAGAAAACCCCAGCCAUCAGCCUCAACAGGAUAACCAGGAGAAAUCAAGAGUAACUCCACUUGUUGUUAGCCAUGUUGCUGAUGAUGCAGAAGACCAGGAUGAGGGUAUGGCGCAAGUUGAAGCUAUGUCUGUCAUGCCCCUUGGUGGCAAGUUGGACAAGACCCCAGCCAAGAAUCAGCACGCGAAGGGCAGGUGUUACCGAGCACGAAGAGGUUAA